CUCGCGCGCUCUAGUUGACCAUCAAGAGCGGAAGUCCGUUAAAUGCCAUCAGAGAAUAUGUAUGGUGUGCUACCACUGCUCAGGCAGCUUUUGACAAACACAUGGAGAUGGAGAAGACGUUAGGUGCAGAGCUGCAGAUGGAGACACCAGAAGGAGGCCUGAAGGAGCUGGUACUGAGGUGGUUCAACGAGACGCAGGCUCCGCUCAUCCUGAACAAUGGAAACUUCCCUGACUGGUUUCAAGGCUUUACUGCGAGAAAGGAUGCGGAAGAUCUAUUGCAAGAUAAAGCCCUGGGCUGUUUUCUCAUUCGCCUCAGUGAUAAAGCCAUUGGCUACAUCCUGUCCUACAAGGGCCAUGACAGGUGCCGCCAUUUUGUGAUCACCCAGAAUCAGGAUGGACAAUUCAUCAUAUCAGGAGACUGUCAGUCCUACCACAGUCUCACAGAACUGAUAGAACACUACAAGGUCAACCCCAUCAAGCCCUUUGGAGAAUUCCUGGCUGCCAGCUGUAAUGAGGCAAACACAGAUGAACUAUAUGAUGUAGUGAAUUACAACAGCAAGGGGACGUCCGGGGUGAGUGUCCAAGCUCUGCGGACUCUGUGGGACCAGAAAAACGAUGACUGCAGUGACCCUGCCCAUUAUCAAAACAUUCAGCAGCAGAGUCACACUCCUACAGCCCAGCCACCUGCACUGCCGCCUAAAAACCAAACCAAAAACAGAAAGCUGAUAGGAACAGUGUCUGUAGACACAAGGUCUCUCUCACAGGGUGUACCUUCAGUACCAAAAGCUCCUCUGGGCUUCUCUCUGAGUGGAUCUUUGUCUGGCACAACAUCACAUCCAAGUAAAAGCCACCCAGACUCAAACAGAUCAGAGCGACUCAGAGGAAACACAAGCCCAGAACUAACGUCUCACAGAGACUCAUUAAAGACCGCUGACACAAGCUAUCCAGGGGACCUUUGUCCAUCAGGCAUCACAUAUUCUGAAAUGACACAGGUGGAGAACAGGAGCAAAUCUCUACCACAGCUGGACAACAGCAAUAUGGUGGAGGAGGAGUACUCCAACCAGCUAAGCCCCUCCUUGACAACAUCAGCAUUUUAUUCACCCAGUCCACUGAAGAGAGUCACCUGCUACACAUACUCCCUCCAUGAUCCCAGGGCUCAGAUGCUGAGCAGGUCCACGUCAGGGCAUCAGAGUGAUGAGCUGUUAAGGUCCAACCCCCUGUACCAGACCUCUGAGGGGACUGGAAGGGCCUCAGCUCAGCAGAUAGAUGACAUGUAUGCUGAGGUCCGUGAGAUGUCAGCACCUGCUGGUCUACCCGAUAUCACCUAUGAGCACAUCCCUGGGGAGGCCGCUGUCCAGGGCAACACUGAUGAGUCGGUUGACAAUGUAAAGACUAAAACAUCCAAAUUCACCUGGGGGAAAAAUAAUAUGAAAUGGAAGAAGUUCCUUCCUGAUAACAAGAAGAAAUAAGUGUAACAAAAAGGACUCAGCAAAAACGUGGAGAAGACCUUAUGAAGUUUUGAGAAACCUGGAUAUGCUAUACAGCACCUUACUGCAGUUUCUGAAUACUCUUUUGGUACAGAUCAGGGACUGAGAUGGUGAGAAAUCAAGACACAACUACAGACAUGAUCAGCUUCUAACAUCUGCAGCUGUUAUGUUCAUGUCAAAUGCACAACUGACUCUUUAAACUGAGAAAUGUGAAAGGAAAAUAAAUCU